ACGGAUGCUACAUUUAUUUGGGUCCCGCUUUGCGAGCAUCGUUAGAUCAAAUUAGCUUCAUAGCCUAUACAGCUAAUGCAUGUUUUCAUUUUUAAAACUAACUAACAGUUUAGUUUCUUGAAUUUUCUUCAUAUUGGUAAAGAGGGUUGUUACAGCGAUGGUGAGCCGACUCUCUUUUCACUCACAACUCUCGUCCAUCAUGGAGACGAUGGCCAGGUCUGCCCUGAGUCAGGUCUGCAAACUGGUGGAUGAAGACUCGGCUGAGCUCCGGUUGGAGUUGUCUCGGCUCCUGGUUGCUAAUUCAGCCCUGGCAGACAAAAUAAACAAUCUGGAGUGCGAGUUGACGAUUGUGAGAAGCGACACCCCCAAGUUGGGUAAAAGUUAUCGCAGCGUAGGUGUACAAACUGUCUUCUACAGUGACGGGGACGCUUAUGUGUCUGGGCCUCCCACCAUAGAGGGGAUCUUUGGAAAAGAUUGGUGUAUGAAUCUGUGGAAAGACAGAGACCCAUACAGUCUGGAGAGAGUCACAGACUCGCCACAAUCCUCUGAGAAAGUAAGAGGAACGUUUACAGAGUCUGUGGCGACGCUAUCUGACCAAAUUACUGUGACUGAGAUCAAAGAGGAGGAUUAUGUGGAGGAUGCUGCCAGUAGCUGCCAGCAGGAAACACUUAGUACAGAAGAACAUGAAGAAAGCAUGGCUGAGGAACUAGAGCAACUCUCCGUUGGUUUCUCAGCUGACUGCAGCACUUGCAGCCUGUCAUUUGAUCAGGAUGGAGAACAGGUUGUGUCUGCAGGUGGUAUUGAAGAACCGUCCAUGCAGCUGAUAUCCAUCAAUGACACAGAGGAGGCCUUCAGCACUCAUAUCAUUCCAAUUGAAGAGGAUGAUGAUGCUGAUGAUGAUGAUGUACAGUUCAUUCAAGAAAGUCAGCAGGAGCAAACGAUGAACACUGCAGGUGGGCCCAGCCAAAACAAUCAGCAAACAUUACCUGCAAACAACUCUGAAAACAGCACUGCUCUGGAUAAAGAUUCACAUGAUGACUUUAAUAUGCUUCAUGUAGCAACCACCAGAGAUCCAAACAAAGGCAAAUUCACUUGUCAAGUAUGUAGCAGGACUUUCUUCCACAAGGGCACUUUAACACACCACAUGAAGUCACACAAGUCAAACUUUUGCAACAUUUGUAAGCAGCAUUUCCCUCACAGGAACAAGUUAAAUUUGCACACCUGCGUACCUCCAGUUCCCUCUCAGAGAGUCAGUAAGUCAUGUGAGCUGUGCGGGAAGACCUUUGCAAACCCAUCGGCUCUGAGGAUUCACUACGUUGUCCACACAGGAGAGAAACCCUACAGGUGCAGCUUAUGUGGGAAAGGGUUCACCCAGAAAGGCAACCUGAAAUGUCACCUACGUAUUCAUACUGGAGAGAAACCGUUCUGCUGUGUUAAAUGUGGGAAGACAUUCACUCAAAAGGUCAACCUCAACCAUCAUUUAAUGGCGCACAGAAAUCGUGAGGUUGUGGGAGAAAAGCCCAUAGCUAUGAGACAUCUUAAAACUUAAGAGCUGAAACCUGUAAGUGACUGAUUGUGGUGCAAGAUCAGUAGCAAUAUUAUCUGAAUGCAUCAUGUACUACUUCUCACAUUAGUGUAAGGGUAGUUAAUGUCAUGUUUGGAAUGACUUGUAGUCUGUAUUAUAGUGCUUAAAAAAAAUCAGGAAUGUGGAGCAAAAUGUCCCGUUUUUGUCAGUUUUUAUUUAAGAAAUUAGCACUUCAGUGUUUCAGUUGUUUCUGUCUUUACAAUAAAACACAGUCAUGAAUGUUCACUUACUGAUUAAAAUUUUAUUUGAUAGAACUCUC